AUGUCGGACUCCACGAGAGACAACGUCUACAUGAGCCUGUCGUUCAAGUUCAACGCGCUCAUGGUGUACGCGUCCCUCGUCGUCGCCGCGUUCGUGGACGCGUACACGGACAACACGUACUCGUUCGAGGCGCAGAUGGACAUCAUGACGUUGGUGUUUCAAAUCUGCGCGAUGCUCCUCACCGUCGUCGCGCUGUACAACGUCAUGAGCGAGACGACGUAUCUGAAGAGGAUGUACUACGGGAAGAUCGUCGAGGAGUUCUCCCCGACGUUCUUCGCGCUCGCGACGUACUUUGUGUUCAUGUUGAUAUCGCGCGUGUACAAGGUGUCGUUGAUAUUCGCGGGGUAUCCGCAACUCGCGAUGUGGGAGAGCGCCGCGGGGUACACGACGUUGUACUCCCUGAUGAAGGUGUUUAACGUGUUGUAUUACUGCACCGUCGUGUGGGCGAUGCAGAAGCUGUUCGCGUCCCCGGAGUUGUUCAAGGCGCGGGAGACGGCGUUUCAGCCGGUGCGGCCGAACUAUUGA